CCCAGGCAUCUACGUGAAGCCACACGUCUACCUGCAAGGCUCUACCCGGAGAAGAGGCAGCGGCUUGGAGAAAGGAGCAGGACUGCGUCUGACCCACCAUGACACCCACAGAGCUCACAAACUUUAUUCCUGACAUGUCUGGUGACUACAGCUACGGCGCCACAGCUACUGCGGAUGACUACAUGACCUCUGACUUCCCGAACGUCUUCUGCAAUAAGUCCAACGUCAGGCAGUUUGCCAGUCACUUCUUGCCACCCCUGUACUGGCUCGUGUUCAUCGUGGGCGCGGUGGGCAACAGCCUGGUCGUACUCGUCUACUGGUACUGCACGAGAGUGAAGACCAUGACUGACAUGUUCCUGCUGAACCUGGCCAUCGCCGACCUCCUCUUCCUGGGCACACUCCCCUUCUGGGCCGUGGCUGCCGCAGAUCAGUGGAUAUUCCAGACCUUCGCGUGCAAGGCGGUCAACGGGCUGUUCUGGAUGAACUUCUACAGCUGCGUGCUGCUGCUCACCAGCAUCAGCGUGGACAGGUACAUCGCUGUCGCACAGGCCAUGAGAGCGCAGGUCUGGCGGCGCAAACGCCUCACAUACAGCAAAGCGGUCUGCUGCGCCAUCUGGGUGCUGGCCGCCGCGCUCUGCACCCCGGAAGUCCUGUACAGCCGCGUCAAGAGGGAAUCUGGUGUCUCGGCCUGCACCAUGGUGUACCCCAGGGAGGACAGCACCAGGGCCAAGUCAGCCGUCUUGAUGCUGAAGGUCAUCCUGGGCUUCUUCCUGCCCUUCCUGGUCAUGGCUUUCUGCUACACCAUCAUCAUCCACACCCUGAAGCAGGCCAGGAGGUCAUCGAAGCACAAGGCCCUCAAGGUGACCACCGCCGUCCUCAGCGCCUUCCUCUUGUCUCAGUUCCCCUACAGCUGCGUCCUGCUGGUGCACACCAUAGACGCCUAUGCCAUGUUCAUCUCCAGCUGCAGCAUUUCCAUCAACAUUGACAUCUGUCUGCAGGUCACACAGACCCUCGCCUUCCUCCACAGCUGCCUGAACCCUGUGCUCUAUGUUUUUGUGGGUGAGCGGUUCCGCCGUGAUCUUGUGAGAACCCUGAAGAACUUGGGGUGCAUCAGCCGGGCGCAGUGGGUUUCCUACACAAGGCGGCAGGGGAGCCUGAAGCUGUCGUCCAUGUUGCUGGAGACAACAUCGGGGGCGCUGUCCCUGUAG